GCAAGCACGAUGUUGCGCCGCGCCACCGCCUCCCUGGUGCCCCGGCUGCUGGCAGAGGGAAGCCAGAGCGCGGCGCCCCUGGCAGCGGCCAGCCAGACCCUCGCCUGGGUCCAGCGACCCUACUCCACGGCCUCCACGGAGCUGGCAACGGCGGGAAUGCCGCCGACGGUGUAUGCAAUGAAGAACCCAACCCCGGCUAUCAGCUAUGACACCUCCAACCACACCCCCUACCCCGUGGGCGACCCCUCCAAGCGUGCCUUCACCUACUUUGUGCUGACUGGGGGCCGCUUCAUUGGCGCGGCAGCAGUGCGCCUCGCGGUGCUCAAGUUCCUGCUCUCCAUGACCGCCACCAAGGACGUGCUGGCGAUGGCCAACCUGGAGGUGGACCUUUCCAACAUCCAGCCCGGCCAGACCGUGACGGUCAAGUGGCGCGGCAAGCCCGUGUUCAUCCGUCACAGGACCGCUGCCGACAUUGCUGCUGCCAACGAGGUGGAUAUCAGCAAGCUGCGCGACCCGCAGCCCGACUCGGCACGCACCAAGGACCCCAAUUGGCUGAUUGUGCUGGGCGUGUGCACGCACCUGGGCUGCGUGCCGCUCAACAAUGCGGGCGACUACAAUGCCUGGUUCUGCCCCUGCCAUGGCUCUCACUACGAUUCCUCGGGCCGCAUCCGUAAGGGGCCCGCCCCCUACAACCUGGAGGUCCCCGAUUAUGUGUUUCUGGAUGACGGCAAGGUGCUGGUCGGCGCCAACCAGGCAUGA